UCAAUUCCUCUCCAAUCGGCGCUGACGUUGUUCCGAGGUCGUUUAUUGACCAGACAGAGAAGGUGACUCCAGGAGCAUUUCGUCCACAUCUAACCCCUUACUGGCCGGGGUUUUAAUAUAUUAUCGAUCAUGUCUUCCUUUGGGAGAGUGUUCGGAGUCCUGAGGGCCGGAACCGCGCUGCUUAGGCACGGCCCAAGACGAAUAACCAGCAGAAAGGCAAGCGGCGGACCGCACAUUGAGCCGCAGUACAGACAGUAUCCACAGUUAACUAAGAAGCAGAAGUUGGAGUCGGAGUUUAUCAGCGGGCUUAUGUGGUUCUGGAUCCUCUGGCACUGCUGGCAUGACCCAGAUGCGGUCCUGGGUCACUUCCCAUGGCCUGAUGCCUCCAAGUGGACAGACGAAGAGCUCGGCAUCCCGCCGGAUGAUGAGGAGUGAGGUGCUCCUCUUUGUUUUAAAUUAACCUCAGUUUGAUUCAGAAACUCCUUUCACUUAUUUCUAAAGUAAAUAUUGCUUCCGCUGUUUAUAAACAAGCGUAUUUCUUUUGCAGAUGACAAACUGAAAUUAUGUUUUGCGAGGAAUCCUGCAGAUGUUCUGGAGUCGUUGUACAUAUAAUAAAGUUAUCUUUAAGUUA